CCCGGACGUCCGAGAGCGACUCAGCUUCGCUUUCUGUUCGCUCUGCUGGGCCCGGGGGAAACGGGCCCGGGGGGGAACGGGCCGUGCCCCCAUCCCCGCCCCAGCGGGGGACGGACUCGGCUCCGGGCACAGACCUCCCCAAAGCCCACUGAUGUCGCAGCGCCUGCUCGGGGCGGUGAGCUGGGCUUCGGCGGCCGUGCUGGGACUGCUGACGGUGACCGUCCUUGUCCUGGUCCUGAUCCCGGCAAAGGAUGCUGUCCUUCCUGCUAGGAUCAAAUACGGUCUGGUGUUUGAUGCUGGCUCCACACACACGUCCCUCUACAUCUACCGGUGGCCUGCAGACAAGGAGAACGGCACCGGCAUUGUCUCCCAGGUGGAGGCCUGCUCUGUGUCUGGACCCGGCAUCUCCAGCUACGCCGAUGAGCCUGCAGGGGCUGGCGCCAGCCUGAAGCCUUGCCUGGACAAGGCCAUGAAGAUCGUCCCGGCCGAGCAGCAGCGGGAGACCCCCACGUACCUGGGGGCCACGGCCGGCAUGCGGCUGCUGAGGGAGGAGAACGGCACCAAGGCCCAGCAGGUGUUGGCCGAGGUGUCCAAGGCCAUCGGGGAGUAUCCCGUGCAUUUCCGCGGAGCUCGGAUCCUGACGGGCAGCGAGGAGGGCUCCUUUGGCUGGAUCACUGUCAACUACCUGCUGGAGACACUGCUCAAGUUCUCGUUUGCAGAGCAAUGGGAACAUCCCCAGGACACCGAGGUUCUGGGAGCUCUGGACCUUGGCGGUGCCUCGACGCAGAUCACCUUCCAGCCCGGGGUCCCUGUGCAGGACAGGAACACGUCCGUGUUCUUCCGGCUCUACGGCACCAACUACUCCCUGUACAGCCACAGCUACCUGUGCUACGGGCAGAGCCAGGCCCUGAAGAUGCUGCUGGCAGCUCUGCACCAGGCCAGCUCGAGUGCCCAGAUCUCCCACCCCUGCUACCCGCGGGGGUACCGGGAGAACCUCACUGUGGCAGAGCUGUACGACAGCCCCUGUGUGCGUGCACCGAGCUCAGCCAGCCCUGGCCUGGUCCUGACGGUGACAGGGACAGGGGAGCCAGGCGCGUGUGGCACGGCCAUCCAGAGUCUCUUCAACUUCAGCUGCGGGGCAGAGCGGCCGUGCGGGUUCAAUGGGGUGUAUCAGCCCCCCGUGCGGGGACAGUUCUUUGCCUUCUCGGGGUUUUAUCACAGCCUUCACUUUCUGAACCUGACAGGAGGGCAGUCCCUGAGCCUGGUCAAUGACACCAUCAGGCAGAUCUGCAGCAGCAGCUGGAAACAGGUGCAGGAGUUGUUCCCCAUGGCGAGCAGGACCCAGCUCCGUGACGCCUGCACAGCCAGCUCCUACACCCUCACCCUUCUCCUGCAAGGCUACAAAUUCAACACCACCACAUGGCCCAACAUCCACUUCACCCAGCAGGUUGCUGACACAGACGUGGGCUGGACUCUGGGCUACAUGCUCAACCUCACCAACAUGAUCCCCUCAGAGCCUCCUGCAGCAGUCACAGAGCUCCCGAGAAGCAGCUGGAUAGCAGCCUCAGUUCUGCUGGCCAUCAUGCUCAUCCUCACCUUCUGCCUGCUCACAGCCACGCGCUGCCAGAGAAAUUCCUCCGGCUAUGAGCAGCUGUAGCAGCGCUGCCUCCACCGGUCCUGCUGCCACCCCUCUGCGAGGAGCUGCCAGGAGUCAGCCCUGUGUGCCCACAGGCCACAGACUUGUCCUGGGGGGCUCUGAGUGCUGGCUUGGUGAGCUGGAGCUGGCACAGCUGUAAAACAGCCUCCUCACAGCCGUGUGCUCUCUGGUUGUCCUUUCCCUGCCCUGCUGGUUGGAGAUGCUCCAGGAGGGAGGGCUCGGCCACACGGGGCAGGGGCUCAGCGCUGGGGAGCCCUGUGAGGGGGGGAUGGCACACCCCACUCCUGUCCUGCAUGAGGUUCCUCUCCUCCCCAGCUGCACCCCGUGCCCCCUGCCUGACAGCUCAUCCUCCCUUUCCAACACGGGGUGACUUGGGAACACUGCUGGGACAUGGCUGAGGCAGCUCCCAGGGCCCCCCUUGCAUUUCUGGGGAGUCCCACUGGCAGCCAAAUGAUGGAUGAGUUGAGACUCCUCCUCUGAGAGGGAAAAGGCCUCGUGUCCGUGUUGGCUCCACUCUGAGGUCCAGCACCAGAGUCUCCAGGGACACCUCCCAUGGAUUCGUUUUCUCUCCCCUGAGUCCAAAAAGCUCCAAAAGCCGACCCUGUCUCAAGCUGUGCCACUCAGAAAUCCUGGUGAAUAAUCUGAUCUUUUCCUGGGAAAAGCAGCAUUAGGAAAACACGGGGAGUGGGAGGAGAGAGGGGCUGGUUGUCCCAGGGCCUGGCAGAGCCAUGGUGGGAUCACGGGGAUGUUCCAGGUGCCCACCUGCCGGGAGGGAUCGGGUCUGGGAGGGGCGAGAGGAGCCCUGGCCGGAGCAGAGAGCAGGGGAAGCUGCAGAAGGCCCGGUGUGAGGCAGGGGCAGGGCAGGGAGGAUGUGUUCCACAGGCUGUGAGGAGCGGCAGCUCACCUGCUGGAGCCCUGCCCCAGCUCACCCAGCCUGUGCCCCCGGGGACUCCUCAGAGCUGCCUCUGCCUCCUCCAAACACACCUUGGACUUGUCUUUUGUGGCCUUUGGAAGUUGAUACUGCUGGAAAAGCUUUCCUGCAUUAUUUUCUCUCAUCAGCCUUAGGCAAAACUCUUGUUUAUCUUGCAGGUGAAUAUUCAUGGCCGGUUUGGCAUUGCCAUUAUUUUCAGCCAGUUAGUUCCUCCUCAUUUGAAUGGAAUCCACAGCGUUUAACCCUUGACACUCUGCUUUUCUGUGCUGUCCCACCCCCAUUUCUGUUUCCACUUUGCUCUCCCCAGCCUCAACAUUCCCAUUACAAGCUCUCUACAAGGUCUGUAGGAGAUGAGUGACAUUUGGGGUGCCUGAUAACAGCUUUUACCCCAGCGAGAUGGAAACUCACAUCAGAGGGGAGGAUUGCCCUGCCAGGGGGCUCAGCAGCGGCCUUUGCCAGGGGAUGCUGAGAGGCCAAGAGCCCGGGGCUGUGAGCAACACCUCGAUGUGUUUGAGCCCCUUUGUGCUGCUCCUGGGGUCCCUGAACACCCUGGGGAGGGAGGGGAGAGGAGAGGA